AUGAACGGGGGCGCCGCCGCCGCGAGCGGCCAGCCCUUCCCGGGCGCCGUGCAAUUUCCAGGAGGCACCACUGUCCUUGUAGAGCUCACUCCCGACAUCCACAUUUGUGGUCUGUGCAAGCAACAGUUCAAUAACCUAGAUGCAUUUGUUGCUCACAAGAGAACUGGCUGUCAACUGUCAGGUACAACAGCUGGGCCCACCAGUACAGUACAAUUUUUGGCAGAAGAAACAGUGCCAGCAACACAGACCCAGACCACGACAAGAACUAUCACUUCUGAGACCCAAACCAUCACAGUUUCCGCACCUGAGUUUGUUUUUGAGCAUGGCUACCAGACGUACCUUCCUGGUGAAAACAGUGAACCUCAGACUGCUACUGUUGUCACCACUACACCGAAACCUCGCACCAGAAAAUCCACCACAUCAGCAUCGCAAAAGAAACUUGACUGCUGUUACCCAGGCUGUCAGUUCAAGACAUCCUAUGGCUUGAAAGACAUGGAGCGACAUUUAAGGACACACACAGGUGACAAGCCCCAUAAAUGUGAUGUUUGCGGCAAGAGCUUCAGUCGCAAAGACAAGCUGAAAAUGCACAUGCGAUCCCAUAGCGGGGUGAAACCCUACAAGUGUAAACACUGUGACUAUGCCGCCGCUGAGAGCAGCAGCCUGAACAAGCACCAGCGCAUCCAUUCAGACGAGCGCCCUUUUAAGUGCCAGAUCUGCCCUUACGCGAGCCGUAAUUCCAGCCAGCUCACUGUUCAUCUCAGAUCUCAUACUGGAGAUGCUCCCUUCCAGUGCCGUCUCUGCAGCGCCAAAUUUAAAAUCAACUCUGAUUUGAAAAGGCACAUGCGCGUCCACACCGGGGAGAAGCCCUACCAAUGCGAGUUCUGUGAGGUGCGCUGCGCCAUGAAAGGCAACUUGAAAUCGCACAUCCGCAUCAAGCACAACGUGGAGAAUGCCUUCCGGUGCCUUGAGUGCGAGUUCCAAUGUGGGAACAAGACGAGCCUCCGGCAGCACCUGCGCACCCACCAGCCCGAGCAGCCGGUGAAAUGCUUGGAGUGCAGCUACUCCUGUUCCAACAAGGCCACCCUGAAGGUGCACGAGAGAAUCCACUUCAAAGAUCGCCCGUUCAAAUGUGAGUUCUGCAGCUUUGAUACCAAGCAGCGGAGCAACCUGACCACGCACUUGAAGAAGGCGCACCAGGACAAAGUUAAGGUCAAGAAGAAAACACCAGCCGAUAAGGCGGAGGGAGACCGAUCGAAGGAAGGCAGCUCCAGACAGGUCGCCAAGCUGGAGGCCAAGAAGGCAUUCCGGUGUGAUCUCUGCGAGGCCUCCUUCGUCCGAGAGGAUUCUCUACGGAGCCAUAAGAGGCAGCAUGUUGAGUAUAAUGGCGCUAAAACCACCGAGCUGGCCGUCUUGCAGUUCCAUAUGGACCCCGAUAGGCCGGCCGGCACUCCUAUUACCGUCAGCCAUCUCCAAGUGCCGCUGCAUGCUUCCCCUUAUGGCGAAGGGCAGGUCAAGAUCAUUGUUGGACACCAGAUGCCUCAAGCCAGUGGCCUGGUGCAAGCGGCUUCAGUCAACAUUGUGCCUCCUGCCUUAAUAAGCCAGAGCCAAGAAGACCUGUCUGGCCAUAACCAGUUGCAGAUACUUCAGCAGGUAAGGUUGCUCGCUCCGCCUCUUCCCUCGGGGUCUCAAGCAGGAAGCCUCGCAGUGGGCCAGCCAACAGUGCUCCUCACGACCCAGGACGAAGCGGACCAAAGCGCACCGAAUCAGGCCCUGAUUCCCACCAUUCCAGUGGGUGGCCACGAGGUCUCGGCUAGCCAGGCUUUCAUCAACAGUGCUGGGAUCAGCUGCUCGGACUUGGAAGGGCUCAGUGCUUUGAUUCAAGAAGGGGCAGGUGAAGUCACGGUGGUGAGCGAGGAGGACCCGAGCAUUGCUGUGUCAGCGUCAGCUCCCCCACCGCCUAUUUUUUCCUCCGCUUCUCACCCAGAUACGCCGAAGCAGGCCUACUCCAUCAUCCAGAGUGGAGCUCAUGCAAGUUUGCUGUGUCCUGCAGACUCCAUACCGGAUUAGUCAAGGAAAAGCCAUCCGUUCAGCACUUUCCUAGCACAAUAAAUUCAGCCCUGGAGGGCGCUCUAGAUUAGGUUGUUGAGCAGAGCGGGCGGAGUCAGCUGUGUUGUCACAACGCCAGUCCAUUUCAGUGCUCCAUGCCUUCCUGGAGAUAGUGCCCCUCCUCAUACAGAGCAUAACGCGCAUGUGUGACUGGCCCAGUGCUGUGGCUGCUUUGAGGCCUGAGAGUUGUGGGGAAGAACACAAGAUUCUAUGAAGUGACACCACUCAGUUUUCAUCGCCUCCCUACGCAUGGCCCAUUUUUACCCUUUCCAGCUCUAAACACUUGUUUGGUACAGGACGGUCUUUCACACCCAAAAUGUGGCACUUUAGCACUUCUUUCACUACUUGAAAGUUUUCGCCUUAAAGAAAUAUCCAGUGAAAAAGGUUGCAUUGAAAAGAUCUUCAAGCUUUACAGUCCGCUUUAGCUUUGAUGCAUAACUUAAAGCUGUCUUCCCCAAUCUGGUGCCCUCCAGAUGUGUUGUCUGCAACUCCCAUUAUCCCCAGCCAGCCUGGUUAAAGCUGGCCUAAUGGGUUCCGUGGAAAAGAACGUUUGGGCUGCUGUUGCUUUUUUCCUGCCUUCAAUUCCAUUUCCCAGACUUUAAAAUCAUGUCAUGCGUAUACAUAAUACAUUUUUUGAUGUUGAAAAUAAUGAAAUGACCUUAGACUGUAAUCCUGUGCUGGAAUAUACUGUACUGUGAUCCUGCAGAGACUUUAGUUGGACUGAGUAAUAUAAGCUGGGUGCAGAAUUGCAGGGUCAAUUCCUAAAACGGGGGCAAGGAGGCACUUUUUAAAAACCAGCUUUAUUCCUGAGUCUUUCAUGACAGCUUGACGUGCAGCAGUCAGCCUAGCUGGAGAGAGGAAGGUAGGGAAAAGAUGACUUGCUUCUGCUAAAGGUAUAGGAGCAGCCCAGCAAAGUGAGGAGUUGGCCCUAAAGAUUGGCUCAAAGCAAAAGCCAAUUGAUAACAUUUGAAUAUCAGAUGCUCUGUAUCAGGGCCAGGGGGAACAGUUGUUAAAGGGCAGAAUAAACCUGAGCUAUGUGCCAUUGUCCGCCGCAGCCCAGAGACAGAGCAAGCAUGUUCCACAGACAUCUCAAGCCGUAUUUUGCAGCCUCCUGAUCGUCUCACUUAAUUCAGGCAUUGCACACGUGUCCUCUGUGUCCAACAGUAGGGCCGGAUAUUGUAUCUCAAUGCCUUACAGAUUGCAUGUGGGCAUUUUGGCAAUUGUGAGGAGAGCUGUGAAAAGAUUUCAUAGCGCAUGCAGCCCCCUAUUUAAUGGGCGCAGGAAGGAAACUCUUCCGGGAAGCAUAGGGUACCCCCAUUUCUGCAAUGUUCAAUGGAGGGACUGUAGGUAAUACACCUUUUGGGGGCACAAAUGAAUGAAUCUGCACAACUUGUGGCCCGCUCAGCCCAACAGUCAACUAUGCAAUGCAGCCCAACAGUGAGGUGGUUUGGAGUGGCAGGCCACAAUACAAGACUGUGUUUGGUUUGGUGGGACGUAUUGUAUUGGUCUGCAUUAGAUCAUUAUAUAGGAGUAGUUUGAUCCAAUUAUCGCCUUUCCAAUUCUAUGCAGCCAACGCGUGCGGAGGAGGCUGCGUUCCAUUUUUGGCUUAUUUUGUGUGUUCAUUGGUGGAAAAGCUGUGAUGAAUUCUUUUAUGUCAUCUAUAGGUGGUGCUAGAACUCAAGCUGAGGUUUGAACUGAAGCACAUUGAACUGAAGUUUAAGGAUAGGUACAUACUGUGAGAGAUGGAACUGUUGUGGCUUUCUUGCUAUAACACUUACUUGUGUGCAGAUGAUAACUUAAAAACAAAGACAGUUCUUCCUCAGCGGCCCGCCACCAAAAAGUUAGCAAAAUGUCCUCCAGGAAACAGUGAUUUAAUUAGAAGUG